AUGGUUCCUCUUUGCAAAGUCUUCUCUGAGAGUAUUAUUGUAGGAACUCUCUUUUAUUGUCGUCUGCUCUUUUCAUUCUUUGCUUUCUCUUGUUCUCGUCUUCACUAUUUUUCAUCUCUACCUUUAAUUCCCUUGAACUUCGCUUUCUCUCUUUCUUCACCUUUCUUGUUUUGUAUUUUUUUAUUUCGAAUCUUCUUUUUUCACUUUUUUCUUUUUUCUCUUUCUCUUGCCUCCUCUUUGCUUUUAUCUAUUUCCACUUUCUUCUAUUCCAAUACAUUUACUGUUUUAAAUCCUGUUUCUUUCUUUUUCUUUUCCCCGUCUUCCUUCAUCAUUAUUAACGUCUUUAUCUCUUUCUUCUUCUACGUUUUCUGCGUCUUCCUUUUCUUCUCUUUAUUUCUUCAUAUUCUCGUCUUUCUUUUCCCCUUUUUCAUAUCCCUUGUUCUUUCUCUUUUUCUCAUUCCUCUUCUCUAUAUUUCAUAUUUUAUUCGCUAUUUGUUCCUUCCAUGGCUUUUUUAUUUGUCUUUAAUUCUUUCUUAUAUUCGUUCAUCGGUCAACCACUCUUUCUCCACGUCCUCUUUUGAAUUUUCUUACAAAUCCAAGAAAUCUUUCCCUCUUCCCAUUACUCUAUAUCAUAAAUUCUUUUCUUUUCUUUUUCUAUUUCUUUUUUUACUCGUUUUUCUUGUUGAUUUUUUAUUCCUUUUGCAAUUUUUAAUUUUUUUAAAUUAUUUCUUGUCCUUUCGUUAUUUUAAUUUUCCAUUUCUUUUUUACUUCCUCUUUUUCUUCUUUCUUUGUUUUUCGCUUUCAUUUCUAAUUCCUCUCUUUUACCUUUUCUUUUUUUUAAUUUCGCUUUCCUUUUAUAUUUUCUUUCUUUUUUUUUUUCUUACCCAUUUCCCCACUAUCGAUCUCGUUUUUUUCCAAUAUCGAUACAAAAUGGGAUCAAUACACGGAAGUGGACCUAAUGGGAAGCGAAAGCAAAAACGGAAAAAGGACGAAAGGGUCGGGAAGAACGAACGGAAAGUGAGGGCAGAUUGCAAACCAUCUUUUUGA